AUCUCCCUUUCCUCGAUCACCCUCCUCCACUCCCUGCGCCCUCCCCUAGGAUUAGGCGCGGACCGGGAAGGGUGGGAGUGGCGGGGGAAGCUCUCCCUUUAAGAGGCAGCGUGCAGUGACGAAUUGUUGAAAUUGCCAUUGCAGGAUGGCACGCCGCUAUAAAUUCAUUGUCCCACCUCCUCGCAUCUUCACAGUGUUGGAGCCGCUCUCCGCGCCCGCAGCAGCCGACUGGGGAUGACCGCGGGCGGGAGGACGCGGUAGUGGAAGGGUCCCGGACGCCCCCCCUGGCUGGCUCGCCGCAGGCCGCCUCCUGCCUUUUGAUUUUAAACAUUUUAGGAUUUUUUAAAUUUUUUUUUAUUUUUUUUCCUUUCCGUCUCUUUCCCCCCUCUACCUUCGGGUUCCAGCAGAGCCGAGGAAGCCCACCGAAUACGAAAGGAAGUGGAUCGGGGCUUGGAAGCUCCUCCGCAGCCGGCGAGCCUUAGGCUUCGAGGGGGCGGGAGCCGGCGCGCACUAGUUGCGGGCGGGGAGUACGGUCGCCCUUCUUACUCUUUUUUCUCAUUUGUUUUGGUCGGUUUGUGCAACGAUCUUGUCUGCAUUGGUCUUCUCUCCUUUUUCAUAUUUGGUAGCUCUCCACCGACUGGCUUUUGCUUUUUGCUCCCUCUCCCCUCCCCCUUUUUAUUUUUCUUUCUCCAUCUCUUGGAUCACAAUUCCAAACAUUUUCCAAACCAACAAAGAAAAAGUUCGCACGCUGGCACGGCGGCCAGGACAGGCUGGCAGUCUGCUGCGCGUUCCCUCUACCCUUCCCUGGACACUUGACCCAACUUUGCACGCGAGUGUGUAGAGUGUGAGGGUAGGUGGGUGGGAGAGUGAGUCCCCCACCCCCGCCCCUGAAACUUCCAUAGCAAAUAGCAAAUAUCCAGCUAGACCCAAGCGCGCAGCCCCUCCCGGCGGGCAGCGCACUAUGCGGCUCGAGUGGGCGUCCCUGCUGCUGCUGCUGUGCGCCUCCUGCCUGUCCCUGACCGCUGACAGCCCCACCACGGCACCUGCCCAGGAUAAAACAAGGCAGCCUCGGGCUGCGGCAGCGGCAGCCCAGUCGAGCCAGCCACAGGGGGAGGAGACGCAGGAGCUGGACCAUCUGAACCUGCUGGCCAGGCAGCUCAGGAGCAGCGGGCUGGUGCAGAAUAUAGACCAGCUCUACUCUGGAGGUGGCAAGGUGGGCUACUUUGUCUAUGUGGGCGGCCGGAGGUUCCUGCUGGAUCUGGAGAGGGAUGACUCAGUGGGCAUCGCUGGUGGCAUCCUUACCGCAGGAGGUGGACUGAGUGCAUCAUCUAGCCACCGGGGUCACUGCUUCUACCGGGGCACCGUGGAUGGCAGUCCUAGAUCCCUAGCUGUCUUUGACCUCUGCGGAGGUCUCGACGGCUUCUUCGCGGUCAAGCACGCGCGCUACACUUUGAAACCGCUCCUGCGUUCCUGGGCAGAGGCGGAGGCCAGACGAGUGUACGGGGAUGGGUCUUCACGCGUCUUGCACAUCUACACCCGCGAGGGCUUCAGCUUCGAAGCCCUGCCACCACGCGCCAGCUGUGAGACUCCCGCGUCCCCACUUAGGCCUCAAGAGCGCCCCUCGGUGCACAGUAGUUCUAGGCGACGUACAGCUCUGGCCCCGCAGCUCCUAGACCAGUCAACUUUCUCACCCGCUGAGGAUGCAGUUCCUCAGACUUGGUGGAGGCGGAGGCGCCGUUCCAUCUCUAGAGCCCGCCAGGUGGAGCUCCUUUUGGUGGCUGACUCCUCCAUGGCGAGGAUGUAUGGCCGGGGCCUGCAACAUUACCUGCUGACCCUAGCUUCCAUCGCCAACCGGCUGUACAGUCAUGCUAGCAUCGAGAACCACAUCCGCCUGGCCGUGGUGAAGGUGGUGGUGCUGGCCGACAAGGACAAGAGUCUGGAGGUGAGCAAGAAUGCCGCCACGACCCUCAAGAACUUUUGCAAGUGGCAGCACCAGCACAAUCAGCUAGGCGAUGACCAUGAGGAGCACUACGACGCAGCUAUCCUGUUCACCCGAGAGGAUUUAUGUGGGCAUCAUUCAUGUGACACCCUGGGAAUGGCAGACGUUGGGACCAUAUGUUCUCCGGAGCGCAGCUGUGCUGUGAUUGAAGAUGAUGGCCUCCAUGCAGCUUUCACUGUGGCUCAUGAAAUUGGACAUUUACUUGGCCUCUCCCAUGAUGAUUCCAAAUUCUGUGAAGAGAAUUUUGGUUCCACAGAGGACAAGCGUUUAAUGUCUUCAAUCCUCACCAGCAUUGAUGCAUCCAAGCCAUGGUCUAAAUGCACUUCAGCCACCAUUACAGAAUUCCUGGAUGACGGUCAUGGUAACUGCUUGCUCGAUCUACCACGCAAGCAGAUUCUGGGUCCUGAGGAACUCCCGGGACAGACCUAUGAUGCUACUCAGCAGUGCAACUUGACAUUUGGGCCUGAAUAUUCUGUGUGCCCUGGCAUGGAUGUCUGUGCCCGGCUGUGGUGUGCUGUGGUGCGCCAAGGCCAAAUGGUGUGCCUGACCAAGAAGCUGCCUGCAGUGGAGGGGACGCCCUGUGGGAAAGGCAGAAUCUGCCUGCAGGGCAAGUGUGUGGACAAAACUAAGAAAAAAUAUUAUUCAACAUCAAGCCAUGGAAACUGGGGAUCCUGGGGUCCCUGGGGCCAGUGUUCUCGCUCAUGUGGGGGAGGAGUACAGUUUGCCUACCGCCAUUGCAACAACCCUGCACCUCGAAACAGUGGCCGCUACUGCACAGGAAAGAGGGCCAUAUACCGCUCUUGCAAUGUGACACCCUGCCCACCUAAUGGUAAAUCAUUUCGUCAUGAACAGUGUGCGGCCAAGAAUGGACACCAGUCUGAUGCAAAGGGACUCAAAACAUUCGUGGAGUGGGUUCCCAAGUAUGCUGGUGUCCUGCCAGGAGACGUGUGCAAACUCACCUGCAGAGCCAAGGGCACUGGGUACUAUGUGGUCUUUUCUCCAAAGGUUACAGAUGGGACUGAAUGUCGGCCAUACAGCAACUCUGUGUGUGUCCGAGGAAAGUGCAUAAGAACUGGUUGUGACGGCAUCAUUGGUUCAAAGCUGCAGUAUGACAAGUGCGGAGUAUGUGGAGGGGACAACUCCAGUUGUACAAAGGUUAUCGGAACCUUCAAUAAAAAAAGUAAGGGUUACACAGAUGUUGUGAGGAUCCCUGAAGGAGCAACUCACAUAAAAGUCAGACAGUUUAAAGCCAAAGACCAGACUAGAUUCACUGCCUAUUUAGCCCUAAAGAAGAAAAAUGGCGAGUACCUUAUCAAUGGCAAGUACAUGAUCUCCACUUCAGAGACUAUCAUUGACAUCAACGGUACAGUCAUGAACUACAGUGGGUGGAGUCAGAGAGAUGAUUUUUUGCAUGGGAUGGGCUAUUCAGCCACAAAAGAAAUUCUGAUUGUACAGAUUCUUGCAACAGACCCAACUAAAGCAUUAGAUGUCCGUUACAGUUUUUUUGUUCCCAAGAAGUCCACUCAAAAAGCAAACUCUGUCAUUAGUCAUGGUAGCAACAAAGUGGGGUCACACACUCCACAGCUGCAGUGGGUGACAGGCCCAUGGCUGGCCUGCUCUAGGACCUGUGACACAGGCUGGCACACCAGGACGGUACAGUGCCAGGAUGGAAACCGGAAAUUAGCAAAGGGAUGCCUUCUCUCUCAGAGGCCCUCUGCAUUUAAGCAAUGUUUGCUGAAGAAAUGUUAGCCUGUGGUUUGUUCUCAUGCACAAAGAUAACUGGAGGACCAUCGUAGAUAUACUUGUGUUUGAAGACAAGGCCUGCCCAAGGCAUAGAAAGUAGUGUCUCAGCGUCAUUGUCACCAGGAGUCGAAUUAUGGGCAGAAUCUGCUCUCUGUGACCAAAACAUGUACACUACUUCAUGUCAUGGUGGUGACCUUGGAUACAGAAAACAUGGGAGGUAUGGAACAUCCCUGGGCCUACGCAAAGAAGACACACCACGAUGAAUGUAGAACCGAGGACAGUUGAAGAUGGCAGAGAAGUUUUGUCACCUACCUCUUAUAGAAUGUCUUCAGAGGCAUCGUGAUCAUGUUUAGUCAUGAUACACAGCUUACUUUUACUGUUUGUAAAUGCAUCGCCCUUGGAAUGUCACUUUAUAUACUUGGUUCUAUAUAUACAUAUAUGUAUGUAUGUAUGUAUGUGUAUGUAUAUGUAUAUUUCUAUAAGAAAGUAUUUGACCAAAGUAGGUCUGCAGCUAUUUCAACUACUAGCUUCCAGAAAGAGCUGUGGAAGAUUUACUGGAAAUUAAGAACUUGCUGCUGUUAAAUAAGAUUUGUAUAUUGUCUGACUGCAGGAGAUAAUGUUUUAGUCAAAAACACAUUUUGACAGCAUGCAUCUUCUGAGAAACGCUAAAAGGAGAAAGGAUCUGUAUGUAUCUGGUCAUUUAAACACAUCCUCAGGUCCACUACUCUAACCUUUGACUGUCUGUAUUUUUUUCAGGCAGCCAGCCAAAUUAUUGUAUCAUUGUGGUAUAAAGAUUAUGUUUUCCUGUGUAUAUGUGAUAAAUAUCCAAGGAUCUUUAAAAAAUUAGUUUGCUUGUAUUGGAAUUUAAAGGAAAAAAUAUGCCACUGUGUUUUCAAUUUAUAUUUUCACAACUGCUUACUCUGUGGCUCACAGCUAAGAGUUCACAAUGUGCAGUAGACAUACAGGACACACAGCAUCAAGUUAUCUGUCACAUCCAGCACCUUCAUCACCGGCAUACCUCCUCUCAGCCAGCCUUUAAACGUCUUUGUGUCUGCUUGUUUGUUUUUCCCAAGGAUUGGAAAGGACUUCUGUUCUGUAUAAACCGGGUCUAACAGUAAUAUUAAAAUCACCUCGUGUUUAGUCUCAUCAAGAAAGAACAAUUGGUAUUAAUUCUAUUAUUUCAAGAAAUCAAACUCAUUAGCAUUAAUAAGACUGUUUCCACACCAUAGAAAUCAUCUCAUACUUUAAAAAAUAUAAGCACAUAUUCACCAUUUUAGAGAGUUUUCCCAGUUGUAAAGUGCUUGACUAUACGAGCGAGUGUAAAAAUAAUGGAAUGUAAGGGUUUUCAGGAAGUCUCUUUCCUCUGCAGGAAGGUUGCAUAUUGAAAAUAUUUAAUAAUCGUAAACAGAAAAAUCUCCUUUAGACUGCACAACCCCUGAGAAAAGUCACAUAAUAUAAUGUGUUUUAUUCUACUGGGAUUUUUUUUUCUUCUCCGUGAGAUAUUGCAAGCAAAUUGUUUUAUGUAAAUUUUAUAGCGAUCAUACCUAAUGUGCCUACUGUUAAGGGUUUGCAUACAAGGAUUUUAAGAAAUCCUGGCUGAAAUUUCACUAAAUGUAUUAAAACUUAUUUUAUUAUAGGAUAUUUUAAUAUAGAGAAUUAUGUAAUUGAUGAAUCUAUGUUACCUUUAUUUCAGCAGACCAGAAAGAAACCAAAAGACAAUUUUACUGUCUUUUUUUGUUUUAAAGAAAUUAUUUUGUGAAACAGAUCAAUGCUCUUCCAAACCCAUCACUAUCCUUUAGUCUGGUCUCUUUACAUAAAGAAAUUCAACCUACACCAAACUAGUGGCUGAUAUUGAUUGGAUGUCUCUAAAUAUAAAACAGACAAUGAAUCCAGUCAAACUGGUCAGAAGACAAAAGAUUAAAUAUCACACUUAUUAUUUAACUGUACAAAGAGAAUAAAUAGAGAGUUUAAGGUAAAUUUUUCUUGUUUUGAAAACAAUACGAACCAAGUAGUUCAAAUGUGACAAAAUUCAUAUUUUUAUCUUUUGUGGUUCUAUUAAAAGAAUAAAGAGUAAACAUGAUUGUUACCCACUUUGCGUCCCCACGCAAUUUUCAUGGAUUUUAAGAUUUUUCAGGGGUUUGCUUUUCCCUUCAAUAAUGAAGGUCUACUCUUCACACUUAAAUAGCCCCAGAGAGGACGGAACAAAUAAACCACUAUUGUAUGUCUGACGGAAUUCUCUCUCCAUUUUAAAAGGAGAAUCCUCCAUUGAGGGGGGAAAUGAAUAUAAAACUCCUAAGGAAAGAGACACAGCAAGCUGAGAUUCAGAAAAGGGGGGUGUCAGAGUGGGAAAGAGUGAUUCGUGAUAAGGGUAAGUGUGUGCUGUGUCUUCCAUCUCUCCAUUGUCUAUCUUGAAUUUUUUAAAAACCUUGGGUUUAGGAUGAUGAAUAAAUGUGGGGAAGAUAACACUCAGAUUACAAACUCCUCACCUCACUUGCAUAAAAGUCACUUAGAAUAAGUUUCUUUAAGUACAAGAGAAUCCAGAAUAGAAGAGCACCUUGUCCUUUUAGAACAGAAAACAUCACAUGAACCGUCCUCGUUGCUUGGAAGCAUAAGAGCGUUGUUUUAAUGUAUUUAACAGAUUCAGUAUUCAUUGCCUUCCUGUGGAAACAGUUUUAAACUAAGAAUUGAGGGAUGAGUCACAAAUGAAUAAAAAAAAGUUGCAGCACUGAAAAAUAAGUAAUUUAUUGUUUUUCCAACUGCUAUGUGAAUUUCUGUGAUGAAAUUAUUUAUUUUUAUUUAACAAAAAUUAUGUGCAAAUUCUUCUAUGUUGAAAAUGUUUUGCUAUUGUCCUAUUUUUUAAUUUAUGCUUCCUGUUUGUGUAUAAAGUGCACUUUGUGAGUUUACAUACUAGACACUACUGGUGGCUUUUGUAUUGUUCUUUUUCUUUUUUAUAGAAAGCUUUCUGUGUGCAACAGGUGUAUGUGUGCAUAUUCCUUGUGUACUUGUAAUCUGCCACUCUCUUAAAUUUAAUCUUCCGUGGCUCAUUGUGCUCCUUACUCACCGCUAUUUUAAUAGGUCAUUUAAAUCUUAAUAACAUAGGUUUUUUUCAGGUCACAAGUUUAAAAAUGCCUAUUUAAUCUAGCAAGUUGCAAGUUUUUAACUUGAGGACAUAUACAACUUGCAAGCACCCCAGAGAAGUUAAGCCACAAUGGAGAAUCUGAUUUAAAACAGACCUAAUGGUACAGGCCUGCAUUAUCAACACUUAGGAGGCUAAGGUAGGAGGAUCAUGAAUUCAAAGUCAGUCUGGAGUAUGUAGCAUAUCCUUAUCUGGGGAGAAGAAACAGAUUCGGUUUUGUUCACAUCACUGAUAAACACAUACAAGAGGCUGUUAGUGCAUUAUAUGAAAGAUAUGUAUAUCACUUCUACGUUAAUAAAGAAAAAAAUGAAGACAAAAUCUUCCAGUUUUAGAAGCAGCUCCC